AUGUCAGAGCAUGUGCUGCCACAGAAAACGGGUGCGAAGCGGGACAAAUACACUUCGCAUGCAUGAGGCGCCAACUGCCAAUAUGAGGAUGUUGGCCCGCGUGGGCCCAAGCCCAAAAAACGCUUCCAUGAGGAUUUUAUCUCUGGGGAUUUUCGCUCCGAAUACGGCCUCCAAAAACGAAGAAAACCGCGAUCGACACUCAGGAAUCAGCUCGCGCAGCUGCAAGAAAAGGUCGAUGAACUCAUUCAAGGCCACAACUCCGAGGGACUGGUCCCAUCCAAUUCUCCAGAGUUACGACAUGACCUCUCACUAUCCUCCAGUCCACGCAUGAUGAUAGAUAGCGCAAAAUCGCACCCAAGUCCGGACAGCCUGUUCAACUGCUCCAUAUAUACCAGUUCGCUCGACCCUUACAACUAUGGAAGACUUUUCCAAGACACAGACGUGUUCCACGCUCAAAGCCCGGGGUCCAAUCCCAUCGGCCUGAGCUCUCAGAUUGAUGCUCUCAGAAAACUGGGAUGUCGAAAUCAUUCUCAGAAAGUGCCGCUGCUUCCAAAGGAUUCUACUGCCGAACCCGACUUUGUCGCCCAGCUUCCUGAGCCCACCAUAUUAUGGGCCCAAGUAACAAUCUUCCUUGCAGAAUUCGGGUGUUAUUUCCCUUGCCUGCACGAAGAUAGAGUGUGUGAUCAGCUCUCAACUGCUCUGGGAUCGUUGGGUUACGAUGAAAAUCAUAGAGAAGUCUGUGUCGAUAGCUCGCAAUGUCAAAUCAUUGCCUUUCUUUUCAAUAUGCUAGCAUACGCAGAAGCAGUGACACAACCAUCCCCUACUGUUGGCAAUCUUAUCCCCUACCCAGGUGCCAAGCGUUACUUCCAGGGUGUGAGAUUAAUGGAGCAUUUCGGAAAAUUGCACGGAAACGACCUCCAAACAACAGUGUAUCAUACCACUGCUACCGCCUAUCUACUCGAGCUGGGAAUGUUGCAGGUGGCAUUCCAGAGCAUAUCCAGAGCCUUUCAGACGGCUCUCUGCAUAAACCUGAACAACCAAAAUCGGUGGCCGAAUAACACACAGGAUGAAGAUAUUGCCUGCCGUCAAUCACUCUGGUGGACCAUUUUCUUCCUUGACAAGCGAGUCGCACAGAAAAUCGGCAUUGCGUACUCCGUUCGCCAGACAGAGUGUGCAGUCAGAGAAUACAUUGAAGACGACAGUAGUCUUAGUCUGCAAGCUCAUCAUGAGCUACUGCAGAGCAUGAUAUUAUAUGGUCGGCUUUGGGCUCAAAUUUGGGACACUUUCUUCUCCUCUAGGGCAAAUUUGAAGGAGGACAAGGAGGGAAAAGAUGACGCAUGGGCGGAGCUGCAAUUGACAGACAUGAAAAUUAUCUUGGCAUAUCGUCGCCUUCCUUCGCGCCUUCGUUGGAAAUCCGAGAAGAUGAACAUGUAUAUCGAAAAUGGCGAUAGCGAGAAGGAAGUCAGACGGCGGUUACUAGUAUUCUUGCGAUUUGCGUUGUUACGUCUGAGUAUCCGUCACAACCCUAUGAAAGACCCGGAGGCGGACUUCGAACGUCGGAAAUGCUGCGUCCAUAUCUGCCUCGCCACGAUCAAAGCUGUCCGAACUUAUACAGAAACAUUCGGAUACCACAAGCCAAGCGGCCACGUCCUCACAAGCGCCCUCAUUGAGAGUCUCUACUAUAUAAUCUACGAGCAGCAGCACCAGCAGGAGCAACCGUCAGGUAAAGACGACAACGGUGAUCAAGUAGUCUCACAGGAAACUCUAGAGCGAGCCAAAAACCGCUCGAGUGCACUCCUCCAUAAGCUCGCAUUGACUACUGCGGGCGCUUCCCGGGCCUGCGAGGCCCUCCAAGAGGUCUUGUCCCCUACAGAAUUCAAUUGCGAUGAUGGGAGUUACGACUAUGAGAUACCGCUACCUGGUAUCGUAGAAAGCGAUGCUAAUAUGCACGCCAUGCAGGAUAAGUCGGCAUCAGUGACUGGGCUUUGGCGAACGACAUCCGAGGCUGCCGGGCAGGAAUACGAUCCAAUAAGCCCCAAAUUUCAGAUGCCGAAUACCUCAAAGAUAAACAUCAUCCUACCGUCGUUGGGUGAAUUUGUAGGAGUUGAAGACACCUUUGACGAUUUGGUUGGAGGGAUGGACUGGGAAUCUUUGCUCAGAACGUUACCUUCGGGAUAA